ACUUCCAGAACUCUUCGAGCUUCAGAAGGAGAACGAGAGAGCAGAAGACCCGGCCACGGACGUUCUCUCUGUCUCUGGAAAGCUAUACCUCUUCUCCGAAUUCCGAUGCCGCUCGGGAGCGGUGGCGCUGGAGAGAGACCCGCCAAGCUCUUCCUCUUCGCCGCCGCGAGCGGCGGCGGCGGCAUCGUUGGGAGGCUAGCGACGCUUUUCGUCUCCGCUGACCGAGGGGUGGACCUGGGAGCUGUUGGGCGGGCCCUGGGGCUGGACCCGUCGACGGUGAGGCUCAACGGCCACUUCCUCAGCCGCGGCCCCGACCUCGUCUCCUCCGUCACCUGGGGAUCCCUACUCUCCUUCUUCGCCUCCCGUGGGUUCCCCUCCGGCCGCUCCGAUCACGACGCCGUUGUCGUCCAAGGGAAGUCUGCUGCUACCCAAGGAUUGCAAUUUCUGAUUUGGAAGAUGGGAAUUACCUAUCUUCAAGAGGAAAGUCAGGUUGGAAAAUGA